AUGCUUUUACGAACUGGUGAUAGAAUUAAAUAUAUUGAAGUUACAGAAGCUCGGUUUGGUUGCCUUGUUUAUUCUGAUAAGAUGCUUUAUAUUAAUUCUUUUGGAAAUAUACGUAAAUUCAUGAUAAAUUUAUUAUCAGAAUAUCUUUAUAAGAAUACAACCCUGGAAUCUUUAUCUUCUAAUCUUUACAUUUCUCACGUAGAAGCAAAUUCAUUAAAAAUCGGCGAAUUUUUCAACCAAUUUGAAGAAAAUGGAAUGGACAUACUUUUACAAACUGGUGAUUGA